UCAAUGCAUGCAAUAUAGCGCUCAGCACUGCGUCUGCGCACAACUCAACACAUCAUAACAAACACAUGCUUUCAAAUCCAUCACACAAUUAACACAUCCACUCACCACUCAGUGUCGCCCAAGACAUCACUUCCAACACAUCCACUCUCACCGACAAGCCAUGCGUCCGCUCACCGACGACGAGACUGUAGUGCUCUUUGAAAAGCUCACCAAAUAUAUCGGUGAUAACGUACGGCUACUCAUCUCAAGACCCGAUGGGAUGUACUGUUUUCGUCUGCAUUGCGAUCGCGUCUACUAUUGCAGCGAAGAUAUGAUUAAAUUGGCGUCAAAUAUAAGUCGAGACAAUUUGAUCUCUUUUGGCACGUGUUUCGGCAAAUUCACCAAAAGUAAGAAAUUUCGACUUCUGAUGACAGCACUGGACUUCUUGGCCCCGUAUGCGAAGCACAAAGUAUGGCUCAAACCCAACGCCGAGCAGCAGUUUCUUUACGGCAAUCACGUAUUGAAGUCAGGUUUGGGUCGCAUAACGGAAGGGACGCCACAAUAUCAGGGCGUUAUUGUCUACUCGAUGAACGACUUGCCUCUGGGCUUUGGUGUUGCGGCCAAAUCGGCCCUCGACUGCCGUAUGGCUGAUCCCAUGACGAUCGUGAUGUUCCACCAAGCUGAUAUUGGCGAGUAUCUUAGAAAUGAAGACAAUCUCACAUAAUUUGUGGAACCAAUUCCUCUUCACUUUGUUUUUUAAUUUUGUUGACAAAAGUAUUUUCAAUGAACUAUUUUAUUGUAUAUUUAAAUAUUUAAAGAAUUGUGUUUUAAAGUCCGAAAUCAUACAAAAUAUGUUGCUUUCUUACAUGUAUUUAAAUAAUAAAUGAAUGCAUAAAAUAUUAACAAAA